UCUUGAUUUGAGAAUUUUCUCAACUUAAAAUGAGUUUUACACGCCAACUAUCCGAGAUGAGUGCAAGCGAACUAAAUGAUGCCAUUGAUGAUACAAAUUUCCCGCAAGCUCAUAUCCUUUCACGUGGACGCAACAAUAGCAUUUGUUCAACAAGUAGCACAUCGGAGGCUGGAGCAGCUCCACCAGUGGCAACAUCACCCACGGAUGAAGUCGUGGCCAAUGUCAGUGCCAGUGCCAGUGCCAUAACUCCACCCACACGUCCACGCUUAAUAUUGAAGACCACCAAUGGGAGCAGCAAUGCCAAUAGCGUUAUUGAUAAUGAUGGUACACAACCGCAAACACCAAUGACCCCACGUACAUCAACUACUCCAGGUAGCCAUGAAAAAUGCACUUUUCAUCAUGAUUUGGAGCUGGAUCAUAAGCCACCCACACGUGAGGCUCUGUUGCCCGAUAUGGCCCGUUCCUAUCGCCUGCUAUUAGGUGGACUGGGCGAGAAUCCUGAUCGUCAAGGACUAAUAAAGACACCAGAACGUGCUGCCAAGGCAAUGCUGUACUUUACCAAGGGUUAUGAUCAGAGUCUUGAGGACGUCCUUAAUGGCGCUGUGUUCGAUGAGGAUCACGAUGAAAUGGUUGUUGUCAAGGACAUUGAAAUGUUUUCCAUGUGCGAACAUCAUUUAGUGCCAUUCUAUGGUAAGGUAUCCAUUGGUUAUUUGCCCUGCAAUAAGAUUCUUGGCCUCAGCAAGCUGGCACGUAUUGUGGAAAUCUUUUCGCGUCGUUUGCAAGUUCAGGAGCGUCUAACGAAACAAAUUGCUGUCGCAGUAACUCAGGCAGUUCAGCCAGCUGGUGUGGCUGUUGUUGUUGAGGGCGUUCACAUGUGCAUGGUGAUGCGUGGUGUGCAGAAGAUCAAUAGCAAAACCGUUACCUCGACUAUGUUGGGCGUUUUCCGGGACGAUCCUAAGACCCGGGAGGAAUUCCUUAACUUAGUCAAUAGCAAAUAGAAAUGGGAAUGGAAUUAAAAACUGAACUUUAUUUUUGGAGGCGCAUACAAUAAACCGAAACGAUGGAGAUUGAGAAUAUAAAACACGGAACGCAACGAACACAGGGUCCAAUGAUUAGUUUAUUUUAUUGUUUGUUUAGCUUUAUUGUCUCUCUUCUGUCUACUUAAUUUUUUUUUUUUUUUGGUCUUUAGUUAGUUCCUUGUUUGUUGAAAAUUUGUAGAUUUUUCGGUGUUGGGUAGAAUUUAUUUAUUUCAAUUUUUUAUAUUUGCAAUAUUUUGGUUUUUAUUUAGAGCCGAAAUUUAUAUCAUAAGGGAACAACUAAUGAGACAACGCAAGUGUCAAACGCAAACCGUUUAGGGAAUUUACAAUUUAAUGUUAGAUACAAUUCGUAACUAUACUUUGUCGAAUAUACAAUAUAUACAUAUACUCAUUAUAUAUAAUCCAAUAUGUAUCUGUAUUGUUCAUUAUAUAUGUAAAAUGUUGUUUGCUUGUAGUAAGUCCCAAGCUGCUUAUAAAUUAUACAAUAAAUUAUGUAUUUAACUAUUGUUGAACAAAAAA